CAAUUUUUUCCCCUUUUUUCUUUGCCUGCUCCAGACAGUUUUGAUUGUGGGGCACCAUCAUGUUCUUCUUCUUUUCCCUCUUUCAUCAUGUUUCUGACUGUAUUGCAGGUAACAGAUCUGGCAUGAAGAAGCGUCAUUUUAUCAUGACAGAAGAAAUUUUCAAGCAAAAUCCGGGUAUUUGCUCUUCAGGUGCCCCAUCACUCAACCAACGGCAAGAUUUGGCCAUCAAGGUGCACCCGGAAUUGGCAAUGGAAGCAGCAACCAAGGCCAUCGAGGAAUGGGGUCAGCCAAAAUCGGCCAUCACCCAUCUCAUCAUGUGCUCUACGACUGGUGUGGACAUGCCCGGGUUAGACGCGAAGCUCGUCCAUCUCCUUGGCCUUUCCCCUUCCAUCAACAGGCUCAUGCUCUACAGUCUGGGCUGCCAUGCCUCGGGGACUGUCCUCCGGAUCGCCAAGGACAUCGCUGAGAACAAUCCCGAGGCACGAAUUCUCACGGUUUCCGUCGAGACAAAUGUCCUUUUGUUUCAAGCACCUACUGAAGACAAUCCUGCGUCUUUAAUCCCUAGCUGCACCUUUGGUGAUGGCGCAGCAGCUAUGGUUAUAGGCACUGUUCCACUAGACUCGACUGCAGAACGGCCCCUUUUCCAGAUCAUCUCCACCUCACAAAUGCUGGUCCCCGGUACGGUUGGGGCGCUUACACUUGAGUGUCGGGAGAAUGGUAUCGUCACAACUACAUCGAAAGAGGUGCCACAGCUGAUUUCGUCCAACCUGGAGGCAUGCUUGGCCAAAACUUUCAGGUCAGCCACCAACAGCGACGUCGUCAAGGACUGGAACUCCAUUUUCUGGGCCGUGCAUCUCGGAUACACGCAGGUUUUUGACCGGGUGGAAGAGACGCUUGGGUUGAGCAAAGAGAGGCUAAGAGCUUCGAGGCACGUGCGAGAAGAGUACGGGAACAUGUUAAGUGCCACCGUUGUGUUCAUUCUAAAUGAGCUAAGGAAUAAGUCGAUGAAGGAAGGCAUGGCCACCACCGGAGAGGGGCCGGAGUGGGGGGUGCUCUUAGGGUUUGGCCCCGGCAUCACCAUCGAGACUGUCGUUUUGCGAAGUGUGCCCCUGCAAGCGGUGGUGAAGUCACGCCCUUUCCCCGGUUGA